UCCACUGCCUCUUAAAAGUGAGCUCAUCUGGCACUGGGUUGCAUUGAAGUCCUCCACCGUGCCUGAAGGAAGAAUGCUUUUGGGUGGUGGGAACGUGGAGAAGAUGUGGUCUGUCCAGCUGUCCCUGGGAGUGCUAACCAUCUUGACCAUGACUGUGUAUGUCCCAUCUACACAUGGAGAGCCUUUUUUACUACAAGAGAACCGAGCGCUUCCGGAGAGAGAAGACACAAAUCAUGAGGACACACUGCUGACUCUGCUUCUUAAUAAGAAAUUUGCAUGGCGGAGACCAGAAAAUAUUGACUGGGAGCUGGCAAGGAAAUUUGAAGAGCUUGAACAGCUGGAGAAGUUGAAGGAUCAGAUCUCAACUGAGGAAGGGUCAGAGGUGGCCUAUGCCUUGGAAAGUCUCUCAGGACCCCAGCCCAAAAAACGAGCCUGCUUUUGGAAAUACUGCAUCUGAAGGCUUGCCAGGACUGGAGGAUGAAGAUGAGCCCUUCCCCAAACUACCUUGCUGGGUAUUAAUGUGUUAAGAGUUUGUUCUGUUCUCUCAUCGUGCUGCUAACUUGGAAGCCAUCCUCCAUGACCAUACCACAGCCAAGUCUAACAGGGACCACGACAGGAGCUGGUAGCCUGCUACCACUUCCCACUGUUUCUUCCUUCCAGGUUUAAUCUACCAUGAUCUUCUACUUGGAAGAUGCCUCCCUACUUUCCUUGCUGUCCUGUGUGUGCCAUUCAGUCUGCUGCCACUGUACGCUCUUAACCUUCACACCAGGUCCCCUGAGGCACCAAACACCAACUCAG